CCCCUACUCCCCCCUACCCCCCAACCUUCACAAUGUCCCUCUCCGAAAAAUUCAUCACCUCCAUCCGCGCCGCCCCCAAAUCCGCCAACACCGCCAUCUCCAAAGACAUCGGGAUCUACACGCACACCCUCCACCCCACCUACACCAUCGACAGCGCCUUCAAGAAAUCCUCCACCUCCCCGCACUGCCUCGCCGUCAGCAGCACCCACAUCUUCGCCGCGCAGGCCGACAAGGCCGUCGUCCACAUCUACUCGCGCGCGCGCGCGAAUCAGGAGGCGCUGGUGUCGUUUCCGGAGAGGAUACAUAGUCUCGCUCUACUCCAUGAUGGACUGCUGGCGCUGGGGACGGCGGAGGGGAGAGUGAUUCUUUGGGAGGUGUUGACGGGGAGGCAAGUGUCGACGCCGACGUCGCAUUUACAGCCUGUUACGUGUUUGAGUGGGGAUGCGGAGCACUUGGUGUCUGGGUCUGCGGACUCAAAACUCUACGUCUGGUCAGUCCCGGCGCUGCUUUCUCAAGCUACGAGCGGUCCGAAUGAGCCACUGCGCGCACUCUCGAACCACCACGCGGCAGUCACAGAUGUAGUGCUCGGACACGGUGCGAGCGGGACGAAUAUCUGCGUGUCGGCGAGUAAGGAUAAUACGGCUAUCGUGUGGAACUACCAGACGGGGGAACUUUUACGGACAUUCCUCCUCCCAGCCACGCCAACAUGCCUCGCCCUCGACCCUUGCGAUCGCGCGGUCUAUAUAGGGUUUGAGAAUGGGGAUGUACAGGCGGUUGAUUUAUUUGUGCCGAAGGCGGCGGCGAACGCCCUCCACGAUGCAGAGCAACAAGCUACGCCUAUCCAAGUCCCUCCCACCCCCCUCACCGGCGCCCCCGCAAACCUAGGGGAAGUCCACUGUCUCGGCGUCAGCUACGACGGUACGACUCUCGUAUCCGGCCACGCAUCGGGCAAGAUCGCGCACUGGGAGAGCGGGGCGGGGAAGUUUGUGGCGGAGCUGGGGGAUGUGAAUGCGCCGGUUACGAAUUUGGUGAUGCUUGACCCUCUAAAGGCGGGUGAGAGGGUGGCGGCGGUGGGGGUGUCGAAGCCAAGGUUGGGGGAGGGGAGUGGGGUGUUUGUUGGACAGUUUUUGGGAGGGUUGUUAGGGAAGAUGGAGGGGAGGAAGGGGGUGGAGGUGCAGGAGGUUGGGUUUGCGGACGGGGAGCUGGAGAGGGCGAUUUUGGAGUUCUCGGCGGCUCCCGCGGCGGCGGUGGGGCCGAAGGGAGUGAAGACGGAUGAGGCGCUACGCAAGGAGAAUGAGGAGUUGUGGGCGAUUGUGAAUGAGCAGAAUGAGGUGCAGAAGUCGACGUGGAGUAAGUAUCGGAAGGUGGCUUCGGGGAAGGUGGAGGGGUGA